GCAUAAUAUAAUAUCUAAAUGAAAAAUUCAUAUUACAUUAUUUUUAACAAACUAAUACAAAAAACAGACCAUCUCUCUACUAUCAAUGCUAUUAGCUUUUAUUUAAUUGUCCUUAAAAACUUAAGAGAUUUCAAUUCAAGUUCUUCUGGUUUAACUAUGAAAGACAAAGAGGAAGAAGAAGAACAACAACAAUAAGAAUAUGAAGAACAAGAACAAGAUAGUUCUGUAAUAUAGCUUUUGCUUUUGGGUAAACAAAGAAAAUAGAGAGACAAGAAUAAUUUUCAAUAUCUUUUUAAAUAAAAAACGAAGAGAGAGAGAAAGCUGAAGGAAACGAUAUUUUUUACAUUUUGUCCAUUUUCUUAGGUAUAGGGUGAUAUAUGUUUUGAGCGCCACCUGGGUCUUCCUAAUAGUUGGAAGAGAGACAAUUCUUUCAGUUGUAAGCUGAGGCUAGAACAGUGAACAGAAAUCAACAUGCUAACAGCAGCCAGAAUUGGAAAUCUUCUUAAAGGAAAAUUAAACCUUCAUAAGUCGUCUUUGAGAUGUCUUACUACUGAGGCUGUUCCUCUUACGUUUCCGAAACCUGAAGAGUCGCCUGUCAACUGUUUUAACGAAUGGGAUCCUCUGGAGGAAGUUAUUGUUGGAAGACCUGAUGGAGCAAAGUAUCCAAAAAUGAGACCAGAAGUUAAGGCUACUUUGCAGCCAGAAUGGUACGAGCAUAUGUAUGAACAUGAGAAUCAGCCUUAUCCAGCCGAGACAAUUGAGGGCGCCGAGAAGGAAGUUGCUCAUCUUGUACAUAUUCUUGAACAGGAGGGUGUAAAAGUCAGAAGAGGUGAUCUGGCUGUCCAAUGGUCAGAAGUAGAGGGUUAUAAAACUCCAGAUUUUACUGAAAGUGGAUUUACCCAAGCUUGUCCUAGAGAUAGCGUUAUUAUCUUUGGUAAUGAAAUCAUUGAAAGUACUAUGAGCUGGAGAUCAAGAUAUUUCGAAUCUAGACCAUAUAAGAAUUUAUUAAUUGAAUACUUUAAGAAUGGAGCGAAAUGGACUGUUGCACCAAAACCCACUAUGAGUGAUCGUCUCUACGACGAAAACUAUCCUAUGGAAAAUAUUGAACUUAGAAAAGAUCUUAAUAGGAAAGGAAAGUUUAUUUUAACCGAAGCUGAACCUGUUUUUGAUGCUGCUGAUAUUAUAAGAUGUGGAAAGGAUGCUUUCAUUCAAAUUAGUCACGUUACCAAUUGGUCUGGUUACGAAUGGCUUAAGAGACAUUUGGAACCAAAUUUUAAUCUUCAUUGGUUUAUUACCGAUGAUCCUUACUCUUGGCACUCUGACGGAACAUUCUUGCCUCUGAAACCUGGUCUUGUCCUCAAACACGGAGAUAAGAGUACUACAGUUCAGCCAUUCUUUGAAAAGGCAGGCUGGAAAAUUAUUUCCGCUCCACCACCCAAAUGGGAUCCAUCAAGCAGAUUCUACAAAACUGGAUGGCUUCAAAUCAAUGUUAACAUUUUAAUGUUGGACGAAAAGAGAGCUAUUGUUCCAGCUGGUAGUCAAGAAUUGGUUAAGUUAUUGGAAGAAAAUGGUAUAAAAUCGAUUCCAGUAGUUUUUGAUCAUGCUAUGGAACUUUUUGGAAUGUUUCAUUGUUGGACUGUCGAUGUACGAAGAAGAGGAAAGAUGCAGUCCUAUUUUUAGAAAGAACCAAUUAAUAAUUUUAGAUAACAAAGAAGGAACUUUAACUUUUCGUUGAAGUAGAAAAUUCUGAUUUUUUUCGUCAUUUUUGCUGACGAUUUCUUGGAGAAUAUAUUGAAAAAUAGAAUAAAUCUAGCGUUUUUAAAUAAUAAUCAUAGGCCUAAAUUAAUUAUUACUGAAAAAUAUAUAUUAUUGCUUGAAUAUCUGUAUUGUUCAAGUGCAACAUUUAAGAAACAAAAAAAAAACGUUCAAGUGAAGAUUAGAAAAAAGUUUUUUUUUUAUCUUCUCUUUUUUUUUUUUAAAAAAAAGUAGAAAUCUUGAAUU